AUGCGUCGUGAGAAUCACAGACACGCCGAGUCCACGGUGCCCGUUCGACAAUGACAGACCGCUGCCUCCGCAAGCCGACGCAAUACCGGCCAAUUGGUCCCUGAUGACCAUGAUCGAUGAGUAGUGGUUGUUCAACUCCUUUUUUUAGUUUCUUUUUCCUUUUUUCUAAUAGUAAUUCAUGUCAAAUGUUACUUUUUCUUCACCUCCAUCACUCCCUAUGUCAUAAGUUUCCUGGGUACAACUACCCUAUCAUUUGUUUCAUUACUAGACUGACAUUGCUCAUUCUUGAACUUGCGCUUCCAAGCUUUCAAUUAGUUGUUCCUGUUAAAACUAUCGUUCUGGUCCCUCUUGUCUAUUAUUUUGACCCUAUAAGUUUUGUUGCUAUUUUUCCUUUUCUUUCACAAUUCCUUGCAUUUUCCAAUUGAGCGUUACAGUGUUCCCCACAAAGUCCGUUGUUCCGAUAGUCCCACAACGCUCCAAAGUUCCCAGUUGAUUAGUUUAUAAUAAAAGUUGAUAAAAUGAAAACGUCUUACCUUCGAAAUCACCAAUAUCUCUGCUCUUCUGCGUGCUUCGUACGUGUUCCUAAGCACCCGCAAAAGUCACAAAAAGCGCGAGCGCACUCGUUCGCCGCGAUGCUUUACAUAUUGAUCGAUGAUAGAGCGUCGGAGCGACGUCGACGUGGCUUAGACCGACUCGCGCUCGCUGCUUUCCGUUCCCUGUCUCACUCUGUUCUUGUCGCUCGCGCGUUGCAUCGCCAGCUGGUUUCUUCAUGCAUUUCUGGUCAGUCCCGGGUAGCAACGCCAACCAAACAGAUUUUCAGAAAAUGGCGCGUGGCAACCGAACUCCUCAUCCAAACUGCUCGAAAUGCAAACAUUUGAAGGCGAUGAACAAGGAGCGCAAGGAAAUUAUCGAGAUCAUCGAGCAGGCGAACAUGAAUUUGCUCCGCGAGAACAAUCAUUUAGAGUGGAAGAACACGCUGAAUGAGCUGAUUGGCGAUAUGUUGGAGGCCAGGGAUGAGACCAUCAAAAAGCUUUCCGAGGAAUUGAAACAGGCGAAUGGGUCGCUGAAAAGAGUGUCGGAAGAGUUGAAAGACGUGCGUGGAACGUGCGCGUAUCUCCGUCAAGACCUGCAAAUGGAGCGCGACGACUACAAUACGCUGUUCAAGGAUAACAUACGGUUCUGGAACAGCAUGCAGCACUUGGAGAGGGACUCCAAGAACCACAAGCGGAACUACCAACUGCUCCAGGACAGAUUCGCCGCACUCGUUCAGGAGCACUUCAAGAGCACCACCAAAUGA